GUUGUAAAGAAAUCAGGAAAGAAACAAAGCAGCACAGCUACAAAAGAGGAUGAUGAUGAAGUUCCAAAGAGUAAGAAAUUGUGUUUGCCAAAAAAAUCUGGUGAUGUCAACAAAAACAAUGCAGCCAUGAAAAAGAAUACUCAGAAAAUGAAGACUUCAUCAGACAAGCUGAAAAACUUUGAAUAUGAAGAAAGUGACAACUCAAAACAGAAGAGGGAAAUAUUUAAACCUAGAAAUAAACUACCAAACAUCGUUUUUGAUGAUGAUGUUGAAAAUAUGGACCAGGGAUCUAAUGACAGUGAUGGGGAUGCUGUACUAGCACACAUGAGUGGCCCAUCUUCUGUGGAGUCUUCAGUAGUAUCAUCAUACUCAUCAUUUCACAAUUACAGAGCGUCUGCAUCUGCUAGUCAAAGUCUCACAGCUAUAGGCAAGAAGCCUGGAAAGUAUACACCAUUAGAGCAGCAGUAUGUGGACAUCAAAGCUCAGAAUCCUGAUGUUGUUCUAUUUGUUGAGUGUGGUUACAAGUACAGAUUCUUUGGUGAAGACGCUGAGAUUGCUGCCAGAAUUCUAAAGAUUUACUGCCGCAUGGACCAUAACUUUAUGACAGCAAGUAUUCCAGUUCAUCGCCUCUUUGUACACGUUCGGAGAAUUGUUGCAGCCGGAUACAAGGUGGGCAUAGUUAAACAGAUGGAAACUGCGCACCUCAAAGCAGCAGCAGGCAACAAGUCGGCCCCCUUCACUCGUCAGUUGACAGCACUUUAUACUAAAUCCACUCUUAUAGGGGAAGAUAUCCUUUAUCCUUUGUGUGAUGCCGAGGCUGACUGUGAGACAACAUCCUGGCAGUCCAACCACUACCUCAUGUGUCUGUGUGAGCAGCAAGCAAGUUCAGGCACCUCAUGUCAUAUAGGUUUUGUGUGUGUAGAUGUGUCUACGGGAGAAGUCAUAUAUGAUGAAUUCACGGAUGGCACAACAUAUUCAGAAUUAGAUACCUGUGUUGCUCACCUGCAGCCUGUCGAAAUGUUGAUAUCUUCAGACGCCUCACAGAAACUGAAAGAUAUCAUCAUGGGAAUUACUGCAUUAAGUGAAAAACAAGAUGAUAGGAUUCGACUAGAAAUAAUUGACAGUGAUGUUUUCAAUCCUACCAAAGCAGUUUCAUUAAUAUCACAGUUUUACAGUAGUGAUCAGUCAAAGCUGCAGGAAGCUCUAAACCUUCCCAAGCUUGUAAUCAACUGUUUGGCUGCUCUCUUAGAGUACCUGAAGAGCUUUCACCUGGAGCGGGUUCUCUCAGUUACCAGCAACUUGUGUCAGUUCUCCCGAAGAUCUAAACACAUGUUCUUAAACAGCAGGAGCCUUCACAGCCUUGAAGUGUUCUCCAACUCGUGUGAUGGGACAGAAAAGGGUUCCUUAUUCUGGGUUCUCAACCAUACCUGCACCAGAUUUGGGGCUCGGCUGCUACGCAAAUGGCUUACCCAGCCACUGCUUGCUGUUGAGGAAAUCCAGGCUCGUCUGGACGCUGUCCAGGAGCUAGUUGAUGGCAGUUUUCACGGCCUCACAGGAAUCCAGCAAACCAUGGCCAAACUUCCUGACUUGGAGAGAGGAUUGUGUUCUAUAUUUCAUAAAAAGUGUUCUGUGAUUGAGUUUUGCAGUGUGCUGAAAGCAUUAGAGAAAGUGAGGAAAGAACUUUGUAGCCUACAUGUGCCUGCAAAAUCAUCUUUGUUGCAGUCCUUACUGUGCAACAUACCAGAAUAUCUGGAGGAUGUAUCAGAGUUUUCUUCACAGAUAAACGAAAAAGCUGCCAAGGAAAAUGACAAGUCCAAUUUAUUUGAGGAUGACAGCAAGUUUCCAGUGAUAGGGAACAGAAAAGAUGAGAUAAGCAAAUUGGAAAAACUCAUCCAAGAACACCUCAGAGAGAUUCGGCUGACCUUGAAACAACCAUCCUUGAAGUAUGUCACAGUCAAUCAGAUAGAGUUUCUUGCUGAGGUGAAAAACAGCCAGACUGACCUAGUUCCAUCAAACUGGACACUGAUAAGCAGCACAAAGGUGGUAUCCAGAUAUCAUACUCCUUACGUGGUUGAGCACUACCGGAAGCUGAAUGAACUCAGAGAGCAAUUAAUUCUGGAUGUUAAUGUUUGCUGGCAAGAGUUUCUCGAGCAGUUCUCAUCUCAAUUUACAAGAUACCAAAGGGCAGUAACUGCUUUAGCAAGUUUAGACUGCCUUAUGUCCCUGGCUACCACAGCACGUCAAGGCUCUUUCUGCAGACCACAUGUAGAUGGUGAAAGAGCUUGUAUAGAGAUAAAACAGGGAAGGCACCCUGUAAUUGAGGCCCUGAGUCAUGGACAGGAACAGUUCGUACCCAACGACACACAUCUUGAUGCAGACAGCCAGAGAGUGAUGGUUGUAUCAGGGCCAAACAUGGGAGGCAAAAGCUCUUACAUCCGUCAAGUUGCAUUGAUAAGCAUCAUGGCCCAGAUCGGCUCAUAUGUGCCAGCAGAGUCAGCUUCUCUGGGGGUUGUGGAUGCUAUUUACACAAGGAUGGGAGCUUCUGAUGAGAUAUUUAAAGGACGCAGCACCUUCAUGGUGGAGCUGCAGGAAGCAUCAGAAAUCAUGGCCGAAGCUACGGACAAGUCUCUGGUGAUCCUUGAUGAGCUUGGGCGUGGAACAAGUACCUACGAUGGUGUGGCCAUUGCUCAUGCCACUCUGGAAUAUUUCAUCCAGAAUUACAGAUGUUUGGUUCUGUUUGUGACUCAUUUCCCUAUGAUGUCUGAAUUCCAACUUGCUUAUCCUGAUCAAGUUAAAAACUUUCACAUGGCUUUUCUGCUCCAUGAUAAAGAUAAACUCAGUGGAGUGGAACCUGUCACCUUCUUGUACCAGCUCAGUGAAGGAGCUGCAGCAGACAGCUACGGACUGAAUGUGGCCAGGCUGGCAGAGAUUCCAGACAGCAUCUUGAGGACGGCAGCCCAAAAAUCUCGGGAACUAGCAAGGAAACUUGCUAAAAAAGUCUGGACCCAGCAGACAUUUGUCAAGUUGUUCAAAGCAACAGAAAAAGACAUCAUAGAAGCCCUGAGAGAAUGUGCACAGCCAGAUGAACUUUUGUAA